GAUAUUAGAUAUGAUCAAUUGUAGUACAACGCCACUCGAUGAGCUUCAUUCCGAUGAAAACCAGGCUCCGAAUGAAUGUUUGCUUCAAGCUGGUCAUGUGGAUUGUACUAAAUCUCCAGUCCAUGUGAAUUUAUCUAACCAUAAUAAGGUGCCAAUGGAUGCACUUGAAAAUGUUUCAGCCCAAAAUUCUGCUGUAGAUGUAGUGAUGUUAUCUGAUAUCAUCAACAAACCCGAAAACCAGCGUUAUUGUGAUGUCAACACCUAUUUUGAGCUGGAUGAACUGGCACAUAAAAAAUACGUCAAUAGAAAAAGAGACUAUGUCAAUUACAAUGUGUCUCCCUUAAAUUCUGAUGAACCAGACGCAGACUUAAGUGAUCAGGAUCCGACGUAUGACCUUCAAAACGAGAUGAAGAAAGUUAAGCACGUUCCUGCCUUAUUACGACGAAUAUCUUCUUCCAGCAGCUCAUCGUCAUCUAGCAGUUCCUCUUCAUCGAGCUCAAGCGACUCCUCGUCGUCAAAUUCCAGAAGUUCUGAUUCGCUAAUUGCUCACUUACAAAAUACUACGUUGCCCCAAAUUUCUACCUUGUCCGAAAAUAUUAUCUUGCCCGAAAAUUCUAAUUUGCCUGAAAAUUCGAGUUAUCUUAAUGCAGUAGAGGAUGAAACAGAGAUAAAAAAAAGAGGUAGGAAACGCACUAGUGAUCGAAAUAAAUGGAAACAAAAUGUCAAAAAGUUUUUGAAAAAUAGAGGACAAUCUUUCGUGUCUUCUAAAAGAGGACAAGUACCUGCCCGCGAACUUAAGCCACCUUGCAAUGUAAAGUGUAGGCUUAAAUGUUCUAAAAAAUUUACAUCUAUUGAAAGACAAGCUAUUUUUGACUCUUUUUGGGAAAUGGGUGACAUUGAUCAGCAACGAUCAUUUAUAUAUUAUAGUAUGUCUGACGUCAAUCCUAGGUAUAAAUACACUAACGCUGAACGUCCGAGACAGCCCAAUAAGGCUUUUCACUUUACUUUGAAAGGAAAGUCAGUCCGUGUCUGUAAACAAUUUUUUAUCGGAACUCUCAAUAUUUCGGAUCGUUUUAUUCGCACAGUUAAAGAAAAAACUGAUAAGCUUGGCGUUCUGCAAAAAGAUCGCAGAGGAAGACAUGAUAACCAUGCCACUAAUGAUGAAAGUCUUAUUUCCGAUAUAAAAUCUUUCAUUGAUGCCAUACCGAGAAUAGAGUCACAUUACACAAGGCAGACUUCCAGCCGCGAAUAUAUAGAUGGAGGAAAAACCAUCACUGAUCUUUUCAAAGAUUUUACAGAAGCCCAAAAAAAAAGCAAUAAGCCAUUUGGUAAAUAUUGCACGUUUUAUAAAGUAUUCACAAAGCAGUACAAUAUAUCAUUUUUUUGCCCUCGAAAAGACCAGUGUGAUCUAUGUUUGCAGUAUAUAAAUUCUAGCGUUGAAGAAAAAAACCAGAUUCGUGAAAAAUAUGAGCUUCAUCUAGAAGAAAAAAACCUUACUCGUCUAGAGAAAUACAAUGAUAGAUGCAAAAUAAACGAUAAAUGUAAAGUUCUGGUUUUCGAUCUUCAAGCCGUUUUACAAUCACCAAGAGGAAACACAUCGGCUUUUUAUUAUAAAUCGAAAUUAAAUAGUUAUAACUUAACUGUCACUUUUUUAAACAAGAAGGUUGAUGGACAAAGCAAAGACUCCUAUUCUGAUGUACAUUGUUAUUUAUGGAACGAAACUGAUGCCAAACGCGGUGCCAAUGAAAUAGGCUCCUGCUUACUAGAUUGUUUUAAAAGGCUCUGUCAUGAAUCAAGUGAUAGCAAUGGCGAUGGCUUAAAUUUGAUUCUUUAUUCUGAUAAUUGCGUGGGACAAAACAAGAACAAAUAUAUAAUAGCUCUUUAUCUCUAUGCAUUAACACAGCUUAACAUAGAAUCUAUAACACACAAAUUUUUGAUCAAAGGACACACUCAAAAUGAGGCCGAUAAUGUACACAGCCUCAUAGAGAAAGCAGUUAAAAAAAACUUGAAGUCAGGACCAAUAUACUCUCCCCAUCAGUAUGUGACUAUUAUUAAAAAUGCCAAAAAGUCUGGACAAAGGUUUUUUGUACAUGAACUAACUUACGAUUCAUUUUUGGAUUUGAAGAAACUUCAAGAAGAUUGGGGAUACAAUUUCAAAGACACCGAAGAUAAAACCUAUAUAUUAUGGAACGAUAUAAAAAUUUUAAGGGUUGAAAAAAGUGAACCAUUCUCGUUUUUUGUUAAAACAUCAUAUAACGAUAAAGAGUUUACAAAAGUGUGUCUAAGAAAUAAAAGGAGAAAAAUGAAACCUUUGCAUGAGUUGACACCAUCAAAAGCAUACACUGGCAAGCAGAUAUUAAACGAAAAGAAAAAGAAGGAUAUAAAAGAAUUAAUGGAUAAAAAUUUUAUUCCCAGUUUUUAUAAAGAUUAUUACAAUAGUAUUUUAUAAAUACUGGUACAUAUUAAUAAUGUUGAUUAUUGAUUAAAUUUUAUUUGAUCUCAGAUUAUAUUAAGUGCAAUGAUGAUAGUAUUAUUACAAAUAAUGAUGCUGAGCUGAGCCUUUUUUAAGGAUUUAAGCAAAAUGCUACCUACUUACCUAUUUUUAAAUGGUUUUUUUUUUCUUCAUUUAUUGUUUGUUUUAGAAUUAAGUUUUUGCAGUUGUUACUGAACCACUAGUACCUAAUUAAUACUAAAACUUAUAUUAUUAAAUCGGCUUAUUAAUAUUUUUAAUGGCCAUAGAGACUAAUCAUACCCCGAUACUGAGGAAUUUUAUAUUGUUCCUAUGUUAACUUUAUUUUAUUAAUACAUUGAGCUCACCGGUUAUACAAAAUUUUGAUUGUAAUACAAACAUUUAUAUUGUUAGAAUUAUUAUUGAUGAAAAUUCUCGUACUAAGCUAAGAUUCAUCAGAUCUUAGUGAAUAAGUUUUGUUUUGAAUAUUUUAUUUUUGUAUUCACGUACGUAGUAAAUGACUUAAGUAAAACAAAAAGUCUCAUUAUUUUAUUCUUUAUAGACU